AUGCAGCCAGCCUCUGCUCCUACAGCUUCAGUUGAUGCCACAGAUCACUUUGCCAAGAGGAAGAAGACAUCUCUGUGGUUCACGAUCUCUCUGCUUGUUGUAUCUCUGUUUAUACUGACCAUUGGUCUGUCUGCAACUACAAGGACAGAGAACAUAUCAGUUGGUGGUUACUAUCCAGGGAUAAUUCUUGGCUUUGGAUCCUUCUUAGGUAUAAUUGGAAUUCAUCUGAUUGAGAACAGAAAACAAAUGCUAGUAGCUUCCAUCGUGUUUAUCAGUUUUGGAGUGGUGGCCGCAUUCUGCUGUGCUAUAGUUGAUGGGGUCUUUGCAGCUCGUCACAUUGAACCUAGACCCCUGAACACUGGCAGAUGUAAGUUUUAUGCAAGUGGAUCAGGGCUUGCUUAUGACACACAACAAACAGAAGUAACAUGCUCUACUGCAAACAGUCAGUGUCAGCUGAGGGUUAGGACUCACACGUGCUAUUGCUGUGACCUUUACGACUGUGAGAACUCCGAUCAUGCUACCAGUUAUUAUGAGUUUGCAGGUGUAAACAGCUGCCAGGACGUGCUGCAUUUAUACCGGCUGCUGUGGACAUGCACCGUCCUUAAUAUCGUGGGGCUGUUUCUUGGCAUUGUCACAGCUGCUGUUCUUGGAGCCUUUAAGGACAUAGCACUGAUUUCACAACUCAACUUUAACGUGCCUCCCCCACAGAUCCUUUACAACCCAGCACAGCAAAUCCUAACCUACACUGGGAUCUGCUCUCCAACAUCUUCCCUCCCUUCCUAUGCAUCAUAUCCUCUUCCUCUGCAGCCAUCAGGUUCCUAUCCAGCUACUUCCUCUGCAGAUAUUUCCUUAUCUGAUGACAUCCAAAAUCCAUCCCACUCAAUGAAUGGACUCGCUUCUAAUCCACAUUCACAAUAUGCAUCCACCAUACUCUUACCAGGUGAAAAGCCACCCCCAUAUGCUCCUUGAUAUGAGGACCACUGGCACGUACACUUGCAGGAAAACUAGAAAUAAGGGCUUUCUGCAGAACUAGGGAAAACACGAAUAUAUAUAUAUAUAUAUAUAUAUAUAUAUAUAUAUAUAUAUAUAUAUAUCAGAGAGAGAAAAUACACAUUGUAAGGUUCAGUCAACCUGGCAGAUGAAUCACGGCUUUGUGUUGUUUUACUGUGCAUUUAUUAAAUCAACUGUUCUUGUAAUAAACAGUUAAUGUUCUGCUUCCUGACAUACUAGAAUGUUUAUGAAGUGGACUCAGAAAACUGGAAUAAAAAAUAUUCAUUUAGGCAUUCCAUAGUAAAAGCACCUUAAUUUUUUCCAGUUUCCAUUCACAAUUUUUUUUUUCCAUAAAAAAAUGCCCUCCUCAUUGUCUUAUUACUAUUCUGAUAGCAUGCAUGUACAUGACAUUCCCUAUAGUUUUGUGUAGUCUUUGGUAACAUUGGAGUCAUGUGUAAACUAAGUAGUGAUUGAUUACAGAUCCCUCCAGUGAUAAUAGACAAAACAUUCCUCAUAGUGACCAAUACACUACUAUUUUGAAGUCGAUUAAACCAUCUUCACUUUCCAGUAAACGCAGAGCAUGGCAACGCACAAGUGUAUCUCAACUGUUGUUUCAGUAAUACGGUUUUUAUAUAAGAUGUUUCAUGGAAAGGUAAAUAAAAUGUAAAUAUUGCUGGGAUUUCUUCCACAUAGAUGCAGCAUAUUAUCACUAGGUGAAUGAACGACAGGGAAAUAUGCCACAGGCAGAUGUAUAAUUUCCCUUCUGUACAAUCUGCAGCAAUACUGCACCAUGGAAUACAGCUUAAAAGGGCUGCACGUUUCAUCAUGCAAGUAAAUUCCAUACAAAUAUCUGUUUGUGUUCUGCAAUUUAUUUAUUUUGUCCUUCAAAGUCAGCAUUACUGUAAGCAGAGCUGAAGAUGACCAAAGAGUACUGCGAGGAAUACACUGUCAGGGAUAAUGUACAUACUGCACUCAUAUCAGUCCAUUUGGAGUACCGAUCCAGUGGUUCCUCAUAGUGAUCACUAUUUUCAGGUCUGCUCAUGUGUUGUUCAUCUGAUAAACACCUUCCAGGCAGCGCACUAAUGAACUAGGAGUACUCAUUUGUAAACUAACAAAGCUUUAGAUAUUAUUAACAUGCUCAUGCAUGUGUUAUGGAUCCUUAGGCACUUUACAAAGACAAGGGUAAAGGUUCCUUCUCUGAUCGCAAUACAGAAAGGCCUUACAGUAUAUGCUGAUGUCCUGCUACUGAGCUCACUUUCAGUAAAUAAUACAGCACAAUUCCAAAUGCGUUAACAAUACAAGAGUGUCAUUAGAAAUGCAUAAAAAAAAAAAAUUACCACUAAAAUUGAAAAGCUAUCACAGGGUUCAGUAUGAUAUCCCGAUGGACAGGAUGCCGGCGGUCAUAAUCCCAACAUCCCCUCCAAAAGUACUCAAACCCUCCCCUUCCCUCUAACCUAGCCCACCCUUGUAGGUGCCUAACCCUAACCCUCCCCGGUGGUGCCUACCACUAACCCUCUACUCCCCGCUGCCUAACCGUAACAUCCCCAUGUAAGUGACUAACCAUACCCCGUGCACCCUAUCCCCCCUUCUAGUGCCUAAAACAACCCCCCAUCCCACCCCUUGGUGCCGGGAUCCCAAGCUCCAUCGGGAUUUCAUCGCUGGCAUUAUGCUGCCAUUUGGGAUUCCGACCAUCGGGAUCCCGUCCAGCGGCAUUUUAACUAC